UGCCAUUCACUAAGAAGCGCGGACAAUUUCUUUUUUGCGCUUCGAUUUCAAUUGGAAGGAAAGUGAAGGAAAUUUGUAAAAAAUAGAAAUAAAUGAAAUUUGAUGAAAAUGUCACUGUUUAGCAUACGUGAGGUGACUGGAGAUUUGUUUAGUGCUGGCAAUGAGUACUCCAUGUGUCAUUGUGUGGCUGCGGAUUUGCGUAUGGGCAAAGGAAUUGCCAUUAAAUUUCGCAACAAAUUUGGUCAAUUGGAAGUUUUGCAGCAGCAAAAUGUCCAUCCCGGUGGCGUGGCCAUAAUCAAGGAUGGCCAACGUUUUAUCUACAAUUUGGUGACCAAACAAAGUAGCUGGGGCAAACCAACAUAUCAAUUAAUGCACAGCUCCCUGACAGCCAUGCGGCAACAUAUGAUUGAUCAUCAGAUCAGAAAAUUGGCUUUGCCACGCAUAGGAUGCGGCUUAGAUGGCCUAAGUUGGUCAAAAAUAAAAGACAUGCUCUGUGAGCUGUUCCAACAAGAUGAUAUUGAAUUGAUUGUAUAUAAUUACAAGCCAGAGAAAUAAAAUAAAUAUACAAUUAAAAAUUAUUGUGAUGGCGGCGGCGGCGGCACAAAAUUGUAGACGACAAUCUCCAAUUUUUCACACUCAAAAACUUGCUUCAGCAAAGCGCUAACCUUGUCCCAUUCCAAGCCAUCGAUGCCACAUCCAAUACGCGGUAUGGCCAACGAUUGUACAUUAUUUUUACGCUGCAAGUACAUUUAAGUUAGUCAUAAGUAGUUUAAGUUUUUUGAUUCUUUUUGGGUCUUACCAUGUGCUCACGCAUCUGUUCCAAUGAUGCUUGAAGUGAUUCAUAGGUGGGUUUACCAUAACUCUGAGCUUUAGUAACCAAAUAGUAGAUAUAACGCUCAUCCUCUUUCAAUAUGGCCACACCGCCGCUAGUUACCUUCUGGGAGCGUAAUUCCUCCACUUUGCCAAAGACUUGCUUGAAUUUCACUGCUAUGCCAGCGGCCAUGGCCAAAUCGGCACCCACACAAUGGGCCAGAGAAUGGGUUUUGGGUGCCGAGAAGAGAUCACCAUCUACUUCAUUGAUUUUGAAACUGCUCUGAUUAGCCAUCCCCACAACAAAAGCGCGUCGAAAUGCCUCACGUAAUUCUAGAAGUUUAGGAGAAUACAUUUUCGUAAAUUAAAUGAAAUUGUUUGUUAUCUGAAUGAAUAGUCAAAGAUAUUUUUGAAACUACUUUUGUUUCUUUUUUUUUAAAUUUGACAUUUCUUUGAAUGAAAAUUCUAUGAAAUGUUUUAUCUUAAACUCUUGAGGUGUUUUUAAAAUUGUCUUCAUUUAACUGCAGAAAUGUAAUUCAGCUGCUUUGUGUCAGCAUAUUUUGAUUUAUUUUAAUUUAAGAAACACAAAUAUAUUUUCUAACAUUUCAAAAGGCAUUUUUUAUCAUCUAUUAUGCAAUUAUUGUCAUUAUAUUAGCAUCUAUUAUGGAGUUGAAAGUUUUUAUUUAAGACCUUAUUUCUUGGCAUGCAUUCAAUUAUCUCUUAAAUUAAAAAAUUCAUUUGGACAUUAAAUUCUCAAUGAAUUUGUGGUUUAAAUCAAGACUUUAAAUUUAAAAUAUUCUCUAUAUGUAGCAUUUAAUAUUCUUUUAAUUGAAAAACUUCUUUUGGAAAACGGUUUUUGGCAUGGAGUGUUGCCUAAAUCACAUGCCAUUUUAUUAAUUUUAAUUUUCUGUCAGAAUUUAGUUUAUAAGGUUUAAAUUUGUUUAACUUAUAAAUAGAAUUACAAUUUCUAAGCAAAUUAUUCCAAUUAUUUCUAAGCAAAAGUAAACAAACUCAAUGAAUGUUCCUAAAUAAGUGAAAUAUUUCAUUUAAAUAAGUUUUAAAAAAUCUUGAAACUUCUGGAAUUUUUCCCAUCAUCAGUUUUAGUUUUAGUUUUAGUUUUCCACUCGAAGACUAAAAAGUUUGCUCUUUCUUACGGGAGAAUUAAACGAAUAAAAAAUAUAUAUAUAUGCUUUGGAAUGAGAUUAGAUGCUUUAAAACUAGUUUAAGAAAAAGAAAAAAAUGAUAAAUAUUUGAAGAAAUGUCUACCAUAUAGAGAUAAAACUUAAAGCUAAUGAUUAAAAGACCAUUUUGUGAACGUU